UUUAGUGAUUUUCUUGAGAAAGUGACAGAAAAUGAAUUGGAUUUGUUCCCAAGAUUUGUUUGGAUAUGUUGGCUUUGAGCGUUUUUCGCUUCUUUGUGUUUAUAUUUUGUUUAUUGAUGUGAAUUUGUGAAGUGGGUUAUCGAUACUUUCUAAUAUAAGAAAGUAAUCAAUCAUUGAAUGUGGGACAUUCUUUUGUUUUUUAUUUGAAAUAUAGUACUUAUUGAUUGUAGCGGUUAGGAAUUUUCCUGGGAUGACAGCUUAAUAUGUUUAAAUUUUGGGUGUGUGUGCGAGAAGUGGUGUAAUAUGUGUUCUGUAGAGUACUGCUAACGCAAUUUAUGUGAAGUAAUUAUCUGAUAUGUGGGUUAGCUUUGUGGGGCGAAGUUGGGUUGCGGCAAUAAAUGGACGUGUGGGUUAGCUUAAUAUGUUUAAAUUUUCGCAAUUUAUGUGACUCUCCAUCUGCACACGUCCAUUUUUUUAUGAACGAGGUCUUGGGAUUGGCAGCCUAAGUAGACCACUGAAAUGGAUACUGAUAUGGACAGGGAAACAAAUGUCUCUGUUGUUGUCAAUGUUGGUGAUCCGGAGGCAGAAUUGAAUGGAGUUGACUUAUUUGAAGGGAUGUCAUCUAAUGGUGAGGUGGUCGGUGACCUAGGAAGUGCCAGCGAGGUUAUAAGCAGAGUGGAAUUAGAUAUAGCUUGUUAUUCAGAGAAAUUAGUGAACUUAGAUAUACUUAUGAUGUAUGUGGCAACCAGAGAAAAUGAAUUUGAAGCAUUUGCUUCAGACAGAGAGCAUAUCCUGGCUGAUUCCCCUGAGAAGGCUCUGGAAUUUGAUUUCUUAUCUGGAAUACUAGAUUCAGAGGUUAGAGAACUUGAAAAUUUCAUGAAUGCUCUUGAAGUAGAUAUUAUCAAUGCCCGUGAGCUCAUAUCUUCAUUUAGGCACUUGGGAAGAACUUCCAUGAAAAUGGAAGAGAAGUUAUUAGAUUCUGAAAAUUCAUUGAAGCAAUCACGGGAACAGAUAUUCGAAAUUAAAAAGCAAUCUGCCCAGUUUCAUAGGACCUUGUCAUAUCUUGAUGAAGAAGGAAAUUGGAAUGGUGGCAAGGGUACAAACUUUUCAAAAGGUAAUCAAGUGCUGAAUGCGAAUGCAAAAAUAAAAAUGCAAACUGCUGAACAACAAAGGCAUUUUUUGAGAAUGUUAGAAAAAUCUUUGGCAAGAGAGAUGGAUCUUGAAAAGAAGUUUGCUGAAUCAAGACAAAUUGAUGAGGAGCUGAAAUUGAGACUAAUCUCUUUGGCAAGAGAGAUGGAAGAAGAAGCUAUAAAUGCUUGUGAAAGGUUGUUUGAGGCAGAGAACAUUGCUGAGAUCCUGAAGGGAACUUCUAAAGAAUUACUUGGUCAACUCCAGCUUGUUCGGUUCAAUAUGAAUGGUUCAAUUCAACGAGAAACUGAGCUAAGGUCAAAACUUAAUAGUUCAAUGGAACAGUUGGAAGUAAAAGAGAAUGCCUUGCUGAAGCUAGAAAGCAGAAAUGCAAAACUCAAUGACUUGCUUCUAGUACAGACAGGCCGCUCAAAGGAAGCUGAAGAUAAAUUAAGUCUUGCCAAUUCUGAGAACUUCACUUUGAGGGAGAAGGUAGACUCACUUGAGAAGCAGCUAAAAGAAGGGCAGCAUAAGGUAGAUUCUCUUGAUCGGCAAAUGAGGGAAAGUGAUAUUCAGCUACAGCACGCUGUUGCAUCUGCUGAAGCUAGCCAGGAGAAGCAAAUUAUGCUGUAUUCUACAAUCAGAGAUAUGGAGAACUUAAUUGAGAAUCUGAAGUUGAAAGUUACAAAAGCUGACAAUCGUGCUGAUAAUGCGGAGGACAAGUUAAUUGUAUUAUCUGAAACUAAUGCUGGGCUAACUGAGAAAUUAAGAUUUUUGAGGGAUAGACUUGAAUGUGUGGAGGCAUCUUUGCAUCAAGUUGAGGAAACCAAGUUGGCAACUGCUAAGGACAUUGCUAUACAAACAAAAGUAAUAACGGAUCUGUUAAUGCGACUGGCCAUAGAAAGAGAGCGCCUUCAUCAGCAGAUCUCUUCAUUAACAUUGGAGAAUAAAGCCAUGGCAGUGAAGUUGCAGCAGACUAACAAAGACCCUGGUAUUCUUAUGCAUGAUUCGACUAUUGCUUCUGUGACAGAAAGUAAGGAAGAAGUAACUGAGUUGUCAGCUGCCAUUUCCGAGCCUGAGAAUACUCAGAAAAAUGAAUCUAUUGAUAAGAUUGAAGUGGCACCAGUAGACUUGACAUCUGAGCAUGGAACUGUCAGGACAAUAGCUGCAGGAAUUCUUAACUACAAGCAUGUCUUCAGGGCAUUGUUUAUUGUGCUAGUUUCUGCAGCAGCUUAUUUCUUCAUAAAACAGAACUCCCAAUUUUGAUGGUGAUGCCAGUCCCAGAGUUUGUCAUGGCCUGGUUACGAGUAAAGAAAUUUAAAUGAAACAUUGUGUAAGCAUCAUUUUGAGGUUGAUCAGCAACUAGUCGAUAAAAACAAAACAAAACAAAAUGGUAGGAGAGGAGAGAUAUAGUUGAUGAGAAAUUUUAAUCAGUUUCUUGCUACACAUAUCUGGCAUGGAAAUCUGCAUGAGAAUUGUUUUUGUAUUCUCAAUUGUCAUCUUUUGUGCAGCUCUGAAACUUUCGAUUACAAAUGUCUGCCGAAUCAGCUGGUACAAAGAGGCUAAAUUCAUGGUAGAGUUCUCAUUCCACAUGUUCAGGAAGAAACUUUUGACCCAAGUCAAUUGGGAAAACACCUCCAUUUACCGGAGCUGGUUUCAUUCAUGGAGAGGUCAUUACUGGGAAGUUGCUUGCUUGUAUUGUUUUGUCCUUGGCAAAAUGAAAGAAUUUGAGUUUUUGUUUCUCUGUAGUUGUCAGAGCUUCAUCUUUUUUAACUAUAACAAUGCAAUUACUAUGUGAUUUUACCACAAAUGGGCAAUGCAAAUUUUGGUGUAA